UCAGCCGCCGCCGUGUUGGGGAAAAUGACGACGUACACUCAACCUGGAGGCAAGCGGCAGAAGGUGAAAGAAAGAGCUGGCGAAAUGGAUUACUUUCAAGGCAUAGAGAAAAUCGAGUACAACAAUGCGGCGACUGCGACGGACACCCUCUGCUACCGUUAUUACAACCCUGUGGAGAGGGUUCACUCCAAGACCAUGGAGGAGUGGCUAAAGUACAGCGCCUCGCUUACUGACUUCCGCAGGAGUGGUAUGAAUACACACCAGAAAACUAACAACCGGCCAUGGGACGACGGCUCCAUGUCCAUAGACAACUACAAACGCUGUGUCAAAGCAUUCUUCGAUCUGUGCAUUAAACUCGGUAUUAAGUAUUGGACAGCGUACGACACAGAUCUCGUCCCAUUAACUGACAGCUGGGACGAGAACAAGACGAAUUGGGACGAGAUAAUGGAAUACAUCGUCGAGAUGGGACAGCGCUAUCAUUUGAAGUUAUUGUGGGUUGCGCCCGACUUACACUCGAACCCUCGAUAUUAUUCCGGAGCUAUUACAAACAACGACGCGAAUGUUUUCGCGCAGGCGGCAACACAGAUUAAGAAGUGCCUGGAAGUGUCGCAUCGUCUCGCCGCCGAAUGUUUCCUCAUAUGGCCACACCGGGAGGGCUACGGCGCAUUAUUCCAAUCGGAUGUUGCCAGAGAAAUAAAGUUGUUUGUAAAACUGCUAAAAAUUACUGCUGAAUUCAAAGACCGCUUGAACACGAAGAUUCAAUUACUUUUGAUGCCGUAUCACAAUGGCGGGAAUGGCAAUACUCUGCGCGAACAUGAAAUGAUACAUUACUAUAUGUGGGACGUUACUAGCUGUCUGUUCUUCCUGAAGAAUUAUGGACUGGAUCGUCACUAUAAAGUGUGUUCACCACCUGGUCAUGACAUGUAUAUGACAAACAUAUAUAGUAUGCUAGGUGGUGUGACCAUCACCAACGAUUUUGAUCUGUCGAAUAACAAGUCCAUUACUCUGAUGAUGAAGAAUAUAAUCGAUCAGAACACAACGCUACCUGGCGGCAUCAACCUGAGCGUGGCGGCGGGUCGGGACACGGACCUGCGUGACCUCGUCAUCUGCCAUGUGAAGUACGUUGACUGCAUCGCUAAAGGACUCCGCGUAGCCGCCAACAUUGUGGCCGAGCAACUCUUCUCUAAGCACGUACAGCAACGCUACAUCUCGUACUACAGCGGCUUCGGGUCACGCGCCAUCAACAGCGAAAUUACUUUGGAGGAGUGCGAGGAAUAUCAUAAAAAGAACCAGGCGCACGUAGAGUCGCCGAACGCGAAAUGUGAACAUUACAACUUUGUGUUUCAGCGAUACCUCGACACGUGUGAUCACAUCUGACAACCUUUCGACUUUCAUGCCGACGAUUGCAAACUUGAAUAACUAAAUGCUUUUACAAUUGAACGAACUUCACGCAUUUUGUAUAAAUUUCACGGAUCGCGUCCUUAACUGAAAAACAAACAAACAAUGUUGCCAUCCUUGUCUUUAUAAAAAUAAUUAAUUACAGAAUUCUAUUCAACAGGCAUUUCUUUAAUUAAAUCGUGAAUUUUCAAAUGUAAUCGCUUAAAUAUUUGUAAAAAUAGGUUUUUUGUAAUCCGUGAUCUCAGUGUUGCCAUAAUAAAUAAUGAUUUACGUAUUAUAUGUGUGAAAAAAAGUACUUAUUU